UGACCGACGCUGAGCUCUUCGCCGCUGGUUGUGUUUGAGGAGCAUGACUUCUGCUAAACCCGCGAUAAGAUAUCUCUAGCUGAGACCUGUUAUCACUGAGUGUAUGUUGCAGGCACUAACUAUCCUUGUUACCAUGGAGCACACGAACACCAGCAGCUGUACAACAACGGCAUUAAGUGGCAAUCAAGAAACCCCUUUAACCGAUGAAAAGAUGGCAACACAUAGUGAAUCGGAGCCCGGCUGUUCGUCUAGCUCAGUGUCACAACCUCCACGGGUGCCUUCCCCCAUGAUUACCGUGAGUGACGUCACGGAGGACACAAUUACUCCUGCUCCAUCUCUAGUCCUCACCCCCACCAGAGAUCGCAAGAAGUCCCCGGCCAGCGGGGUUGCGCCCAGGCAGAGGAAGAGAUCUCAACCAGUGCGAGGUGACCUGCUUCCAGACCCUGACAAGCUGCUGAGCUACAAACACCAUGAUAAAAAAGAAGAUGAGGAAUUGGAAGACCCUACAGUUCCCGGUGGUCACCCCAAGCCUCCUCCGGAACCUCGACAACCUGGGCAAGCAGCUGAGAGGAAGCGAUCUACUGUCACAUUCUGCCCUGUUAUUGAGACCAUCGACAAGUAAGCGUUCACGAGAGGCGUAUAACGUGCCAUAGGACUGGCAGUAACGAGUAACUAAUGUACACUGUACUUCAGCAUAAUGAAAGUGACACUAUCCAACCCGAAUUUGCUAUAUUUGUUCUCAAACUUGUAUUGUUGAACUAGUACCUCAUUUUUUGACUUUUUGCUUCUAAACAUUAACCAUGUUUAAUAAAAUUGUAAACUAACAUAAGUGUGUCAAAAUCCAUUUCUUUGUUUAAAUUUUAUUAUUGGCAAUGGAAUGAAAUAAUAUUAGGUUUGGACAUUUUUAGUUGUUAAUAUUACAAAAAUAGAUAAAUCAGCUUUAAAGAUUGGAAUUUAUCAUCUCCAUCAAGUGUAUAAACCUUAAGGCAUAAGAUUAAACAUACACAAAAAUUAAAUCUAAUAAAUAUGUGGCGAUUUAGUACGCUCAAAGUUUGUUAAAUAGAACAAUGUAUAUUUCAAAAAUUCUGAAACAUAAUAUAAUUAGUAGUUUUCCUAAUCACUCUGUUACGUAUAGAAUUUUUUGUCGUACACUUGUUUCUAUUGUUAAGUAUCAUUUAGCGAGUUAAUCGCUACAUAUUGAUUACAUUUCAUAGUUGUGAGUUCUUAGCAUUAUGCCUGUGUUAUCACAUAAGACCCAAUUGUUCGUUUUCGUGUCACGAUACCAAAAUUAUGUUAUAAGAACAUGUUUUGUUUGAUAUUUAUUGUUUUGAUGUUGUUUUAUCUACAAAUAACGGUUAUGUUAACUUUUUUGUAUUAACAAGUAUCAUUAUUACUCCUAAUUUUAUUCUUAAUUUUAGUUUGAUUAAUUCAAAUUCAAAUCUCUGUAUUAUAUUUUGUACUUGUACCAUUUCUAUACGUAAUAAUAUCAAAUUGUUGCAAAAAUCUUACUAUAAAUUUACAAAUUUCAAUAUUUUUCAUGUGUUUAUUUAUUUAAUAGAAUAAUGAUAGGGAAGUAGAGAUAGAAGGAGACAGAGAAGGGAAAAGAGAGAGAGAAAUAUGUUGUGUAUGUUCUGAUAUUUGAAAUAUGUGUACACGUAUAUAUUUCUCCAAUUAGUGAAAUUUAUUUAUAAUUUAAACCACACAAUGUAUUAUACUCUGUACUAUUAUUUAUUCAACUCAAGCUCAAGACUUUUUCGCUUAUUUCUAUCA